AUGGACUUUCUCAAAAAGUACGAGUCGUUCAUCUUCAAGAAUGCCUCUCAGAUCUCAAGCAUCGAGAGCACCCUUAGGUCACUCACCUACAUCCUCCCUGGUCGGUUCGAUGAUGCCGAUCUCGCGUCUGAGGCCUUGUUCUCGACGCUGAACUUGCUUGGCAUUUACCACGACACGAUUUUGACAAGGCAUGUGGCUAGUUUGCCAGCGACUCAUCGACCUACACCAUCGCCCUUGAACCGAUACGCCCGGGACUGGCAGAACUCGUCGCUGACCUACAAGAGGAUUGCCAUGCUUCUGACGGUAAUCCAGUACACCGAGGUGUUGAUCGAGAUGGGUGUUCAGAAGAAGUGGGGUCAACAGUACAAGUGGCGUGUCAUCACCGCCCUUGAAGCCAUCAAGGCUGCUGGACGGUUGACUUUGCUGCGAUUGACAAACCAGAGGAUGAUCAUGCACCCGAUCCACACAGAGCGCGACGUGGACCCCUCCACACUCGCUGAUCUCGCCGAGGCAGAACAGUCGGUCAAGGAGAGCCACUGGACAGGCACCAGGACAGGAUCGACUCGUCUUCAGUUGAGUGCUGUCCAGAAGAACAGCGGCAACGGCAAGGCUGGCGGCAAAUCGGAUGUCACAGAGUUCUUGCUCAGCAAGGUCCUCACACCCGAUGUGGUCCGCAAGCCUCGCGAUCUCGUUGGCAUGUUGAGUGGAUUGGGCGCUAUUGGCGAGUACAUGUUUGUGCUGAGACCUUUGAUCUAUGUCUUGGCGAUGCGCAAGUACGGACAAAAGUCGUGGUACCCCUGGUUCUUGUCCCUGGCGAUCGAGUUGGCGUCGAGGACGAGUAUCAAGCACUGCUUGGCCAGCCGUCCUGGUGGUGGCCGUGGUGGAUCGGGAACCUUGCUCGAGAAGGAUGAGAUGAAGAGGCGACUCUGGUUGUUGCUCUACUAUGUUCUCCGCAGCCCCUUCUACGACCGCUUUACCAAGGAGCGUCUCCACAACUUUUGCGAGUCGGCCAGCAAGAAGCCUCUCAUCUCGCUUGUCGGAGGCAUUGUCCGCGACUACCAGCCCCUCUGGGAGUCUGUCUACUUUUACACUGCCGGUUCAUAA